GUAAAGGAUAGAUUCGGUAAAAGACAGACGACGAUUCUCAGGAGCACAAUGCCGGCUUACAAGUUGACUUACUUCAACGGGCGGGGCACUGCGGAGAUAGUCCGCCUGGUUUUCGCGGCCGCCGGGAUCGCCUACGAAGACGUUCGGCUGGAACAAGACAAGUGGCCCGAACUCAAACCAAAGACUCCAAUGGGCCAAGUUCCUAUCCUAGAAGUGGACGGAACCAUGCUGUGUCAGAGUAACAGUAUCGCACGUUACGUCGCCAAAGUGGCAGGCUUGGCGGGUAAGACCCCCAUGGAGCAGGCUCGAGUGGACAUGAUUAUGGACGUGAUGGACGACAUGGGGAAGAAAGGCAACGCCGUGUUCUGGGAGAAAGACGAAGAAACAAAGGCUGAAAAGAAGAAAGAGUAUGAGGAGACUUUCCUACCACAGUUCUUUACCUGCGUAAAUAAGCUGGUCGGCGAUAGUGGGUAUUUCGUUGGUAAUGAGCUGACGUUGGCUGACAUCACCUACUUCAACACGACGAAUCUGGUGGGGAACUACUUUAAAUU